AUGAGCGGCACAUCGACAUUGGCCACCGCCGGGCCAUCCGAGCUGCGAACUGCGCCCUCGUACGCCGGCAGAUGGACCAAGCUCUCGCCACCCCUCACGCCAUGGCUUCUCUCCCUGCUCGCAGAUAUGGGCUUUGCACAGAUGACGCCCGUACAGGCCUCGACCAUCCCACUCUUCCUUUCGCACAAGGAUGUGAUUGUUGAGGCGGUAACGGGCUCCGGCAAGACUCUUGCGUUUGUCAUUCCGGUGCUCGAGAUGCUCCUCCGCCGCUCCACCAAGCUCAAGAAGGACGAGGUGGGUGCACUCAUCGUAUCGCCCACCCGCGAGCUCGCAGAACAAAUCUACAAGGUGAUCAACACGUUCCUCGACGCUCAAAGCCAAUCGGAAGAGGCUCAAGCGGCCGCUGAGAACGACGACGACAACGCCGCUUCGCCAAGCGAGGAUGACAGUGACAGUGACUCGGAUGCACCUGCCAGUCGCGCCACGCAGAAGCGCAAGCAGGCUGUUGCGCAGGCACCGAAAAAGACAACAAGGAUUGCUGGCGCACAGCUCGUCGUGGGAGGGUCAAAGAGCACGCCGCUCGAUGACUACCGAACGUUCCGUGAUGGAGGUGCCGAUAUCCUGGUGGGAACACCAGGACGGCUGGAAGAGCUGCUGACAAAGAAGGGCGUCAAGAAGGGCGAGCUCGACGUCCUGGUGCUCGACGAGGCAGACCGACUGCUCGACCUGGGUUUUACCGAGAAUCUGCACCGCAUCCUUUCGCUGCUUCCCAAGCAACGCCGCACGGGUCUCUUCAGCGCCACUAUGACCGACGCGCUCUCCGAACUCGUCCGCAUGGGCCUCCGAAACCCCGUGCGUGUCGUGGUCAAAGUGGAGGCAAAGACCAAGGCCGGCACCAAAGCAUCCUCGUCAAAAGCUGACGAGUCCAGGCGAACACCCGCGUCGCUGCAGAACCUCUUCCAGGUCUCGCGUCCGGAGAACAAGCUGGCUCAACUGUUGCGCAUCUUGCUGUUCGAGAGCAGCGAGAAAGGCAUGAGUGGUGGCGCGAAGAAGUUCAUCGUCUACUUUAGCACGUGCGCGCAGGUCAACUUCUUCUACUCGGUCUUCAGCCAAUUGCCGCUCUUCAAGCAGCACCGCAUGAAGCUUCAUGCUCUGCACGGCAAGCAGACGCCCGCCAAGAGGAAGAGCAUGUUCGAAGCAUUCGUCGCAAGUACCUCACUCGAUGCAAGGGGUGGGGGAGCAACGGUGCUGUUCUGCACAGACGUUGCGGCGCGUGGGUUGGAUCUGCCCGACGUCGAAGUGGUGGUGCAGUACGACCCGCCUACGGACCCGAAGGUGUUUUCGCACCGAUGUGGACGUACGGCUCGAGCAGGCCGACGCGGACGGGCGAUCGUUAUGCUCCAUGCCGGUCGCGAGGAGGAUCUGGUGAGCUACUUGGCAGUCAAGCGCAUCCCACUCGCACCCUACCCGUACCUCUCUGCAUCUCUCGAAGGAGCAGUGGAGCCUGCAGAGGAGGAUGGCGAUGCAGGUGCGCGCGAGCUCGAGGCUUCGAUUCGUACGCUGUGUCGGCAAGAUCGCGAGGUGUGGGAGCUCUCGGUGCGCGCAUUCGUCUCGUACACGCGCGCAUACAGCAAACACGAAAUGUCGUACAUCUUCCGUCUUUCCGACCUGGACCUUGGGGCCGUCGCGCACGCGUUUGGUCUCAUCCGUCUGCCCGCCAUGCCCGAACUCAAGGCACGCAAAGCCGCCGGCCUCGUCUACGACGAAGAAUCGUUCGACCUCAACGCGCUAGCGUACAAAGACAAGACCAAGGAGAAAGCACGCCAGGCAAAGAUCAUCGCCGACAAAGAAGCGGCACAAGCCAAGGCGGACGAGCAUUCAGACAACUCGGACGACUCGGACGAUUCGGUAGCCGCCAAGCGCCGCGCAAAGAAGAGGGAGCCGGGGGCCGGCGCCUGGUCGGCCCAGAAGGAGCGCAAGGAACUUCGUGCCGUGCGCAAGGAGAAACGCGCCGCCAAACGUGCCUUCCUCAAAUCCCAACCCCAACCGGCCAAAACAGACGACGACGACGACGAGGAAGAGGAGGACGACUGGAACGAAGACUACCGCCAACUCAAAAAGCAAAAGCGCGCCAAUCGCAAGCCCACCAACGGCCCCUCGGACGACUUUGCCUCCGACUCGGCGCAAAGCGACAAGGAACAGCAAGAGCCCUUUUUCGUCGUCUAG